CAUGUAUAGCUAGCACGUCGCCGGCCAGUCGACGAAACUGUUCCAGGUGGAGGUGCUAGAACCGCCCUCGAUCACAGACAACACGCCUGAAGAGUUGAGCACUGUAAUCGGACAGAGGGUCACCCUACCAUGUCCAACAUUCGGUCUGCCUACUCCCGUCAUCACGUGGUACAAGGAGGGAGCGCAGAUCACCGAUGACGACAACAGCACCAAGCUUCUGCGCUUCGGCUCGCUGGAGAUGCUGAAUGUGUCGGCGGCCGACGCCGGCGUGUACACGUGUGUAGCAAGCAACCCGGCUGGCAACGCCUCGAACGACAUCACCUUCAACGUGCUCGUGCCUCCUAGCAUCGAUGAUACGGCGUCUGGCAUCACGAUGCAGGUGAUCAUUAAUGACACCGUCGUGUUGGAAUGCAUCGCGUCCGGAGCGCCGCAGCCGCAGAUCACGUGGUCGAAAAACAGCCGCCAGAUGGCGCUCACCGACCACGCGAUGGUGACGGAGCAGGGACAGCAGCUGCUCAUAGAUGGCGUUGUUGCGCAGGACGCCGGCGUCUACACGUGCGAGGCGCGAAAUAGUGCGGGCGAGGCACGGAAAGAUAUCACGCUGGACGUGCUCGUUCCGCCGUACAUCAGUGACGCUGUCGAAACAGUGUUUGAGGUGAUCGUCAACCGCAGCGUCACUCUGGAGUGUCCGGCUGUCGGACAUCCCGUACCACGCGUUCAGUGGUUUCGCGACGGCAGCCUG